AUGGCGUGCUACAAAUGGGGCCUCUUCGUUAUGACUACGGUUCCGGGCAUCAUGAAUCCCAUCUUUUCCGACUAUUCAACUUGCACUAAAGCACUCCAAGCCGCCAGUGAUGCUGUGGGCAUAGCAAACACCAUUGAUAGCGCGCCUGCAGGCGAUCCCGCUGACGGCCUUCAAGACGAAAUGAAGAACGCUGACAGCUUGAAUGCUUCUGUCGACGCUGAGGUUGCCGAGAGCUCCAGUUUGGCAUUCAUCACACCGCAGACCCUGACCUGGAAAGCAACGAUGAGACACGCCGUCUAUUCUUACGGGGGUGCAUUCGCCACGGAUUCUGUGUCUGCGAUAAGUGAGAACCAAAUCAAAAGCCUCAAGACAGAGUUCUACGACCGGAUGGUGGGCGGCCUUCUUUCGAACUGCUGGAUCUCGGAGAGUGUCUUCGUUUUCAAGGCUUCCCCCGAUCCCUUGAGUAACGGCGUGGCGGCCAGUACGAUAAAACUCGGCACUCCUGAUGGUGAUUCCUGGGCUUGCAACAGCCCUCGCUAUGAAUUUGAAUAG